AUGCUUUUAAGCCACAACAAGUGCUCAACAUCCUCUAAAGUGCUUUCUUUGGGCAGUGACCAGUUCUCUGAAUGGAACCCGUUGUUGUUGGUGUCACAAGACAAGGCUCCACCAUCCUCGACCAGGACGUAUCAUUUAUCUUUCGGCCAUUUGAUAAUGGGAGUGAAAAGAGCUCGAAUUUCAGAAUUCUUUGCUGGACCGGCUAUUUCGAACAGAAAAACUGCAACUAAUGUUCGUGAUAGCCAAUGUACUUCUACAUCAAAAUCAACCAAGCCUUGA